AUGUCCAAGGGCAUCCUGCAGGUGCACCCUCCGAUUUGUGACUGCCCGGGCUGCCGAAUUUCCUCCCCAGUGAACCGAGGGCGGCUGGCAGACAAGAGGACCAUCGCCCUGCCCCCUGCACGCGUCCUGAAGCAGGAACCAGCUCCCGCCUUCCUGACCAGUGAUGGCUCCAGCGAUGGGAGCAGCCCGGCCUGCAGGCGGCGGCCCGGCAUGAAGCGGGAGGACGACCUGCGCGUCAGUAUCAUGAAGAGAAGGGUCCACACCCAUUGGGAUGUGAACAUCUCCUUUCGAGAGACAUCCUGCAGCCAGGACAGUGACCUCUCCACCCUCAUAUCCAGUGUGCACCGCAGCCGCCACCUCGUGAUGCCCGAGCCCCAGAGCCGCUGCGAAUUCCAGAGAGGCGGUGCAGAGCUCGGCCUGGGCGCUGCAGGUGACCUGCUGGGCAAGAGGCUGGGGUCCUCUCCCCACAUCAGCAUUGACUGCCCUUCGGAGAAGAAGGCUCGAAGCGAGUCGCCCUCAGAGACUCUGCUGUUGCCAGAGCUUGGGUCAAGCAUGGCGCCCGAGGAACACUACCGCCGCCUCGUGUCUGCCCUGAGUGAGGCAGGCACCUUUGAGGACCCUCAGCGGCUCUACCACUUGGGCUUGCCCACCCACGGUAAGUGGCCACUCUGGGUUAUUUCUGAUCACCCACCCCUAGAUCUUCUGAGGGUCCGGCAGGAGGUAGCGGCUGCUGCAGUGCGGAGCCCUAGCGGCCUGGAAGUCCAUCUCCCCUCCUCCACAGCAGGUCAGCGUCGGAAGCAGGGCCUGGCCCAGCACCGGGAGGGCAUCACCCCGACAGCUACGCCAUCCUUCCCUGAGAGGGAGCUGUCGCAGCCGCCCCCCUUGCUGUCGCCCCAGAAUGCCCCGCAUAUCGCCCUGGGCCCCCACCUCAGGCCCCCUUUCCUGGGGGUGCCCUCUGCUUUGUGCCAGACCCCAGGAUACGGCUUCUUGCCUCCCGCCCAGGCGGAGAUGUUCGCCCGGCAGCAGGAGCUGCUGCGGAAGCAGAACCUGGCCCGGCUGGAGAUGUCGGCGGAGCUGCUUCGCCAGAAGGAACUGGAGAGCGCGCACCGCCCGCAGCUGCUGGCGCCCGAGCCCUCCCUGCGCCCGCCCGACGGCGCCGCCGAGGAGCUGCAGCGGCGCGGGGCCAUGCUGGUGCUGAGACACAGCUCGGCGCCGCUGCUGGCGCUGCCCCCUCAGGGCCCUCCUACCCCUCCCCGGGAGCCUGCUCGCCGUGCUGCCCGGAAAGGAGGCCCAGGCCCAUCUCCAGUCCGGCCUGAGUCAAAGGAGACCUCGGGUGCCGCUGGCAUCUGGGCGCAGGAUGGCUCGGAGGAUGAACCCCCCAAGGACUCUGACGGAGAAGAUGCUGAGGCUGUCACUCCAGGGGCUCAGGGUGCCACCCCAGGCCAAGGCUCUGGUGGAGGGGCCAGCACUGAAGGGAAGGGGCUGCUCUCAGGGCCCACGCUGCCUCCUGCGCUGCCCCUCGGCCUCCCCUACACCGUCAGCCCCUAUUUCCACACAGGCACUACAGGGGGCCUCUUCACAGACAGGGAGGAGGCCACAGCCCCCGAAGAUGUCAGCAAGUGGACAGUGGAUGACGUGUGCAGUUUUGUGGGGGGCCUGUCUGGCUGUGGGGAGUAUGCACCGGUCUUCAGAGAACAGGGGAUUGAUGGGGAAACCCUACCCCUACUAACAGAGGAGCACCUGCUGACCACCAUGGGGCUGAAGCUGGGCCCUGCACUCAAGAUCCGGGCCCAGGUGGCCAGGCGCCUUGGCCGAGUGUUCUACAUGGCCAGCUUUCCCGUGGCUCUGCCACUGCAGCCACCAUCCCUUCGGGCCCCAGACCGAGAGCUCACAGCCGGGGAGCAGUCCCCAUCUCCAGAGACUGCCACUUCUCCCUACGGCCAAGCCUCACCCCAGCAGGAGAAUGGGACUGCCACUCUGCUUCCUGGAGCCGCCACAGACCCCUCCCAGCCCCUGUGCUGA